AUGACAUGGACCAUCAACAGCAAGAAGGAACAAAUGGAAAGAGUAGCAUUGGAGGAAAUCUGUACCAGGUUUUUCCCACAAAGAACUCAUCUGGUCACCUGGCUUGUGAAUUUAUGGGCCAAUGUGUUUGUGAAAAAUGAGACUGUGAUUGCAAAUAAAAUGAAUCCUUGUAGCUGUGAUCUGGCUUCAGAUGAAGGAUACACGGAUUUAGAAGUAUCAAGUGUUAGUGAUCAGACAUUAUGGGGGGCGUCAGUCAAAUUAAUGACAUUUGUUGUGAUUCAGAACGUUAAUGCUUUUGAGUUAACUGUUAAAACACCAUUUGUCAACCUCACGUGGCAAAAUCUACAAAGUUAUUAUCGCACAGAGAGAGAUAAAGGAACACAGUAUGAAUUGUUUUAUAAGAAGACCGAUGUUAUGGAAUACAGACAUGUCACGCUAUUCCGACCAUUUGGACCCCUCAUGAAAGUGAAGAGUGAAACAGUUGACAUUUCCAGAUCAGUUAUUAACAUCAUUGUCCCUCUUGCUGGAAGAACUGAGGCAUUUGCACAAUUCAUGCAAAACUUUAGGGAUGUGUGUAUUCAUCAGGACAAGCGGAUUCACCUCACAGUGGUAUACUUCGGCCAAGAUGGGCUAUCUGAAGUGAGGAGCAUCCUGGAGUCAGUAGCUCGAGAAACUAAUUUUCACAAUUACACACUGGUCUCUUUGAAUGAGGAAUUUAAUCGUGGGCGAGGACUAGACAUGGGUGCCAGAGCUUGGGAAAAAGGCGAAGUGUUAAUGUUCUUCUGCGAUGUUGAUAUUUAUUUCACAGCUGAGUUCCUUAACAGUUGCCGCUUGAAUGCUGAACCCGGCAAGAAAGUUUUCUAUCCCGUGGUAUUCAGCCUUUAUAAUCCUGCUAUUGUCUAUGCCAACCAAGAUGUACCACCGCCUGUGGAGCAGCAAUUGGUACACAAAAAGGAUUCUGGCUUCUGGCGGGAUUUUGGCUUUGGAAUGACGUGUCAAUAUCGGACAGAUUUCCUGACUGUUGGGGGGUUUGACUUGGAAGUGAAAGGCUGGGGUGGAGAGGAUGUUCACCUUUACAGAAAGUACUUGCACGGAGACCUUAUUGUGAUCCGAACCCCAGUCCCAGGCCUGUUUCACCUCUGGCAUGAGAAGCAUUGUGCUGAUGAGCUGACUCCAGAGCAGUAUCGCAUGUGUAUCCAGUCUAAAGCCAUGAAUGAAGCAUCUCACUCACACCUUGGAAUGCUGGUCUUCAGGGAGGAGAUUGAGACUCAUCUCCGUAAACAGGCCUAUAGGACUAACAGUGAAGCAAUAGAUUAAAAGGAUUCUUAAUGCAAGUCCGAAGACUUUAAACUCACAAUGAACCAGCAUCAUUCUACAGCCUUAAUUCAGCUUACAAAUUCAGUGCCUCUUUCAGUGAAGAAGAGUUUUUAACUUUUGUCUGGUAUUCUGUUACCUACAUAUCUCACCAGUUCAGGCACCUGAGAUGAGAUAACUUUUGAAAGUAAUUAUUUCAAUGAAAGGUUCUACAGUAUUAACUUUAUGGACAAAUAUAGCAGCAGAAUGUAUGACCGAACACUUUUUCACCUCUGAUAAUUUUUUUUUCAUAUUUGCAUUAUUGUAAGGUAAGGAUUGCAUUAAUGGACAAUAUUUUGUCUUGUCUGCCAAGUAUUGUUACACUCUGUCUUGCUCAUUGCACUGUAACUUUAGAUAGAUACCAUACUUACACAUUCCAGGAUAAAAACUAAACACACAUGACCAUGAAACUCAUUGGGAAAAUGUACACAAGAGCUUAAUUAGUAUGUUAAUUAGGUUGCUGAUUUCAUGGCAAUAAUUUAAUUAAAUUCACUGUAUUAACAGCUAUCCAUAUAAUUCACAUUAGAGAAGAAUUUAUAGGAAAAAGGGACGUAUGAAAAUCUCUUAAAGGGGAAUUCUAGAGUAGUUAGUAUUGUUUGAUAUCAAUGCAAAAGUAAGCUGGACAUGUACCAUUUGCUUAUCCUAGCUACGGGCCAAAAAAAAUUCCUCUUGCAUAUUUCAGGAUGUACAAAGACAAGCAAUUUAAAUAAAAGCGGGUUACUUGUCUUCUGUUGCUUUGUAUGGUAUGAUUAGAUUCACCAUUUUUAAUAUCCUUUAUUUUCAGGUGAAUGUUAAGAUUCACUAAUUUAGUGGGGAGUGUGGGGGAGUUGCAUCUGCCGUCUCCACAAAUUUAGAAAUUAGUUGAAAACCACUCACUAAAUCAACUAAUUUUGGAUUUUUUUUUUAAAUCAGUUUUAGUUUCAAACACUUAAGGGCAAGUAGAGAUUAAAAUAUGUGACUUCUGAAUGCAAAAUAUGCUGUGUAAAAUAGUGCUGUUCACUGAUCUUUUUUUACAUGUACAUAAAAUUUGCUUUUAUGUAACUUAUUGUGGAGAACAGUGUACUGUAUUGUGUUUUAAAGAGGGGAGAAUGUAAUGCAAGAUGUAUUACCAUUGGUAUUACCGCUAUGAUGUAUGAAUAAAUUUAAU